GUACAGACAUAUCUAGUAAGAAAGAAACCACAAAUGAAGAUGAAGCUGAGAAAGCAGAAAUGAUUGUGCGUAAAAGGGGAAGAAAGCCCAGGCGUUCUCUGGUUCAAUCAGAGGAAACUGAAACACUGGAGCCAGAAAGAAAACGUCGGAAAUUAACGUCUUCUGAAGACGAACUAAAAGAGCAGGAGGAAGGUGAGGAAGAAGAGGGUGAGGAAGAUGAUGAAGCUCAUUCAGGGGCCACAACUAGAUCAGCCACAAGAUUAGAGGCUCAAAGAAAGCAGCCCAGCAAGCCAACCACACGUGCAACUUCUAAAGGCAGCAGUCCAAGUUCAGUUUCUCCUAGAAAACGACAGAACCUAGCAGCAAAAAAAAGAUCUCCAAGUGACACAAAAAUUAAUAAAUCUCCUCCAUUGACACAGUUAAAGGUGCAGUCUACCAAGCGUAAAAGGGAAGACAGCCCAACAGCGGUACGGAGAAAAGGACAGCAGAAAACAGAGGAGACACCAGUAAAGAAAGCAAAACGAUAAUCUCUGCCAGCUAGUACUGUUCAUGGAAAAGUCAAAAUAAAAAAACCAUCUGUGCUUCUAUUUUUUUUAAAGCAAAGGGAUUUGCACGUGCUUGUUUCAGAGCUCUAAGUUAAUCAAUGCAGUACUUUUAAGUUACAUUUUAAACAGCUUUAUAAACUAUUGUUUAUACAGAAUAUUAUGUACAUUUAUUUCAGAUGAAAAAUAAGUUUACUUUGUAUCUGAAUGAAGAACAAAGUAGUUAUAUAUUUUAUCACUGACUUGGAAAGUUGGGGUUUCCCAAUGUGACAUGCUAAUGCAGAUGCUUCCAACCCAUGAGGCACACCUGGGCCUACUAAUACACUUUGUAUAUAAACUUGUAAAAAUAGGUUGUAUUUUACUCUGUGUAUGAAUCUAAUCAAUGAUGGACAUUUUAUUUAUUAUAUGGAAAGCAUUGGUCUGUAAACUUUAGUAUAUACCUUAGGUUUUUUUAAUUAUAUAUUUUACAUUCUAUGCAGAUGUCAGUAGGAAACUUCCCCUCCGCUCCCCCAGGGCUGUCUAAAACCUGAAGUUCUCUAAAAUAUGCUCAGACAGUUGGUAAAGUAUCUUUCUCGCAUGCAUUAAAGUAGUUUAGCAUAGUGAAAGGAACUUGGCUCCUUUCUGUUCACAUUUGUGACAAAGUGUAAAAUUUAAAAUGUAAUCUUACUAGAUUAUAUUUUCACUUGUGAAUUUAUUACCAACCUCAAGAAAUAAAUAGUAUUAGGUUAGAUUUAUUCAGUCAGCCAACACUACCCUGAAAUGAAACAGUUUUAUUUUGCAACUAAACACCUGUUCUUUCAGUAUUUGUCUUUUUCAACAGAGGGACCCAUUGAAAUCAAAUGUUGCUUCUCCUAACUGUAGAGCUUCAGCAUUUUAUGUUACAUUUUGUACACAGGUAUUAAAAAUAGAACCUGGUAUUGUUGCCAGAAUCUUUUUUUAAUGUAUAUUAACUCUGGUAAGAGCAAAUGUUCAAGUGAAGUUGUAUAUAAAGUUAAACUUUUCUUAUGAUCAAAUGUGUCUCUUGUUAUGAU